GUCAAAAAUGUAAUGGAAAAUAUCAUGGCUGGAUUGCAACAAACCAACAGUGAAAAGAUACUCCUGAGCUGGGUCCGACAAUCAACUCGUAAUUAUCCACAGGUUAAUGUCAUUAACUUCACCACCAGCUGGUCUGAUGGUCUGGCUUUGAACGCUCUCAUCCACAGUCAUAGGCCAGACCUGUUUGAUUGGAAUAGUGUGGUUUGCCAGCAGUCAGCCACACAACGACUGGAACAUGCAUUCAACAUUGCCAAAUAUCAUUUAGGCAUAGAGAAACUACUGGAUCCUGAAGAUGUUGCCACCACUUAUCCAGAUAAGAAGUCCAUCUUAAUGUACGUCACAUCACUCUUCCAAGUUUUGCCUCAACAAGUGAGCAUCGAAGCCAUCCAGGAGGUGGAGAUGUUGCCAAGGCCAUCAAAAGUUACUAGAGAAGAACAUUUUCAAUUACAUCAUCAAAUGCACUAUUCUCAACAGAUCACAGUCAGUCUAGCACAGGGCUAUGAACGAACUCCUUCCUCUCCUAAGCCUCGGUUCAAGAGCUAUGCCUACACACAGGCUGCUUAUGUCACCACCUCUGACCCCACACGGAGCCCAUUUCCUUCACAGCGUUUGGAAGCUCCUGAAGACAAGUCAUUUGGCAGUUCAUUGAUGGAGACUGAAGUAAACCUGGACAGUUACCAGACAGCUUUAGAAGAAGUACUCUCAUGGCUUCUUUCAGCUGAGGACACAUUGCAAGCACAAGGAGAGAUUUCUAAUGAUGUAGAAGAAGUGAAAGAACAAUUUCAUACUCAUGAGGGGUACAUGAUGGAUUUGACAUCCCAUCAGGGACGGGUUGGCAAUGUUCUCCAAUUGGGAAGUCAGCUGAUUGGGACAGGGAAAUUAUCAGAAGACGAAGAAACUGAAGUUCAAGAACAAAUGAAUCUCCUAAAUUCAAGAUGGGAAUACCUCAGGGUAGCUAGCAUGGAAAAACAAAGCAAUUUACAUAAAGUUCUAAUGGAUCUCCAGAAUCAGCAACUGAAAGAGUUACAUGACUGGCUAACAAAAACAGAAGAGAGAACAAGGAAAAUGGAAAAAGAACCCUUUGGACCUGAUCUUGAGGACCUAAAACACCAAGUACAACAACAUAAGGUGCUUCAAGAAGACCUGGAACAGGAACAAGUCAGGGUGAAUUCUCUCACGCACAUGGUGGUGGUGGUUGAUGAAUCUAGUGGCGAUCAUGCAACUGCUGCUUUGGAAAAACAACUUAAGGUACUGGGAGAUCGGUGGGCAAACAUCUGUAGGUGGACAGAAGAUCGCUGGGUUCUUUUACAAGACAUUCUUCUAAAAUGGCAACGUUUUACUGAAGAACAGUGCCUUUUUAGUGCAUGGCUUUCAGAAAAAGAAGAUGCAGUGAACAAGAUUCACACAACUGGCUUUAAGGAGCAAAGUGAAAUGUUAUCAAGUCUUCAAAAACUGGCUGUUUUAAAAACCGAUCUAGAAAAGAAAAAGCAAACCAUGGACAAACUCUGCUCACUCAACCAAGAUCUUCUUUCAACACUGAAAAAUACAUUGGUAGCCCAAAAGAUGGAAGCAUGGCUGGACAACUUUGCCCAGCGCUGGGAUAAUUUAGUCCAAAAACUUGAAAAGAGUUCAGCACAGAUUUCACAGGCUGUCACCACCACUCAGCCAUCACUAACACAGACAACUGUAAUGGAAACGGUAACUAUGGUGACCACAAGGGAACAAAUCCUGGUAAAGCAUGCCCAAGAGGAACUCCCACCACCACCUCCCCAAAAGAAGAGGCAGAUUAUUGUGGAUUCCGAAAUUAGGAAAAGGUUGGAUGUCGAUAUAACUGAACUUCACAGUUGGAUUACUCGUUCAGAAGCUGUGUUGCAGAGUCCUGAAUUUGCAAUCUAUCGGAAGGAAGGCAACUUCUCAGACCUUAAAGAAAAAGUCAAUGCCAUAGAGCGAGAAAAAGCCGAGAAGUUCAGAAAACUGCAAGAUGCCAGCAGAUCAGCUCAGGCCCUGGUGGAACAGAUGCUGAAUGAGGGUGUUAAUGCUGACAGUAUCAAACAAGCCUCAGAACAACUGAACAGCCGGUGGAUCGAGUUCUGCCAGUUGCUAAGUGAGAGACUUAACUGGCUGGAGUAUCAGAACAACAUCAUCACUUUCUAUCAUCAGCUACAACAAUUGGAGCAGAUGACAACUACUGCAGAAAACUGGUUGAAAACCCAACCCACUACCACAUCAGAGCCAACAGCAAUUAAAAGCCAGUUAAAAAAUUGUAAGGAUGAAGUCAACCAGCUGUCAGUUCUUCAGCCUCAAAUUGAGCGAUUAAAAAUUCAAAGCAUAGCCCUGAAAGAGAAAGGACAAGGGCCAAUGUUCCUGGAUGCAGACUUUGUGGCCUUUACAAAUCAUUUUAACCAAGUCUUUGCUGAUAUGCAGGCCAGAGAGAAAGAGCUACAGACAAUUUUGGACACUUUGCCACCCAUGCGCUAUCAGGAGACCAUGAGUACCAUCCUCAUGUGGAUCCAGCAGUCAGAAACCAAACUCUCUGUACCUCAGGUUACUGUCACUGAAUAUGAGAUCAUGGAGCAGAGACUCGGGGAGUUACAGGCUUUACAAAGCUCUCUACAAGAACAACAAAAUGGCCUAAACUAUCUCAGCACCACUGUGAAAGAGAUGUCAAGGAAAGCACCCUCUAAUAUUAGCAGGAAAUAUCAAUCAGAAUUUGAAGAGAUUGAGGGCCGAUGGAAGAAACUCUCUGCCCAGCUGGUCGAACAUUGCCAAAAGCUAGAGGAGCAAAUGGCUAAACUCCGAAAACUUCAGAAUCACAUAAAAACCCUGAAGAAAUGGAUGGCCGAAGUUGAUGUUUUCUUGAAAGAGGAAUGGCCUGCCCUUGGGGAUUCAGAAAUUCUUAAAAAACAGCUGAAGCAGUGCAGGCUUUUAGUCAGUGAUAUUCAGACAAUUCAGCCCAGUCUAAACAGUGUCAAUGAAGGUGCACAGAAAAUAAAGAAUGAAGCGGAGCCAGCGUUUGCUUCUAGACUGGAGACAGAGCUCAGAGAACUUAACACUCAGUGGGAUCACAUGUGCCGACAGGUCUAUGCCAGAAAGGAGGCCUUAAAGGGAGGUUUGGAUAAAACUGUAAGCCUUCAGAAAGAUUUAUCAGAGAUGCAUGAAUGGAUGACACAAGCUGAAGAAGAAUACCUAGAGAGAGAUUUUGAAUAUAAAACCCCAGAUGAAUUACAGACAGCAGUUGAAGAGAUGAAGAGAGCUAAAGAAGAGGCCCAGCAAAAAGAAGCAAAAGUGAAACUCCUCACUGAGUCCGUAAACAAUGUCAUAGCUCAAGCUCCACCUGCAGCACAAGAGGCCUUAAAAAAGGAACUUGACACUCUGACCACCAACUACCAGUGGCUCUGCACCAGGCUGAAUGGGAAAUGCAAGACUUUGGAAGAAGUUUGGGCAUGUUGGCAUGAGUUAUUGUCAUACUUGGAGAAGGCAAACAAGUGGCUAAAUGAAGUAGAAUUUAAACUUAAAGCCACUGAAAAUAUUCCUGGUGGAGCUGAGGAAAUCUCUGAGGUGCUAGAUUCACUUGAAAAUUUGAUGCAACAUUCAGAGGAUAACCCAAAUCAGAUUCGCAUAUUGGCACAGACCCUAACAGAUGGCGGAGUCAUGGAUGAACUGAUCAAUGAGGAACUCGAGACAUUUAAUUCUCGUUGGAGAGAACUACAUGAAGAGGCCGUGAGGAGGCAAAAGUUGCUUGAACAGAGUAUCCAGUCUGCCCAGGAGAUUGAAAAAUCCUUGCACUUAAUUCAGGAGUCCCUCUCAUCCAUUGACAAGCAGUUGGCAGCUUAUAUUGCUGACAAAGUGGACGCAGCUCAAAUGCCUCAGGAAGCCCAGAAAAUCCAAUCUGAUUUGACAAGUCAUGAGAUCAGCUUAGAAGAAAUGAAGAAACAUUACCAGGGAAAGGAAGCGGCCCAAAGGGUACUAUCCCAAAUUGAAGUGACACAGAAAAAAUUGCAAGAUGUCUCCAUGAAGUUUCGAUUAUUCCAGAAGCCAGCCAAUUUUGAGCAGCGUCUACAGGAAAGUAAGAUGAUUUUAGAUGAAGUGAAGAUGCACUUGCCUGCAUUGGAAACAAAGAGUGUUGAACAGGAAGUAGUACAGUCACAGUUAAAUCAUUGUGUGAACUUGUAUAAAAGUCUGAGUGAAGUGAAGUCUGAAGUGGAAAUGGUGAUCAAAACUGGACGUCAGAUUGUACAGAAGAAGCAGACGGAAAACCCUAAGGAGCUUGAUGAAAGAGUAACGGCUUUGAAAUUGCAUUAUAAUGAGCUGGGAGCAAAGGUAACAGAAAGAAAGCAACAGUUGGAGAAAUGCUUGAAAUUGUCCCGUAAGAUGCGAAAGGAAAUGAAUGCCUUGACAGAAUGGCUGGCAGCUACGGAUGUGGAAUUGACAGAGAGAUCAGCAGUUGAAGGAAUGCCUAGUAAUUUGGAUUCUGAAGUUGCCUGGGGAAAGGCUACUCAGAAAGAGAUUGAGAAACAGAAGGUUCACCUAAAGAGCAUUACAGAGCUAGGAGAGGCCUUGAAAGCAGUUUUGGGCAAGAAGGAGACCCUGGUGGAAGAUAAACUGAGUCUUCUGAAUAGUAACUGGAUAGCUGUCACUUCCCGGGCAGAAGAGUGGUUAAAGCUUUUGUUGGAAUACCAGAAACACAUGGAAACCUUUGACCAGAAUGUGGAUCACAUCACAAACUGGAUCAUUCAGGCUGAUACACUUUUGGAUGAAUCUGAGAAAAAGAAACCACAGCAAAAAGAAGACGUGCUUAAGCGUUUAAAGGCUGAAAUGAAUGACAUACGCCCAAAGGUGGACUCCACCCGUGACCAAGCAGCAAACUUGAUGGCAAACCGCGGCGACCACUGCAGGAAAGUAAUAGAGCCCAAAAUCUCAGAGCUCAACCAUCGAUUUGCAGCCAUUUCUCACAGAAUUAAGACUGGAAAGGCCUCCAUUCCUUUGAAGGAAUUGGAGCAGUUUAACUCAGAUAUACAAAAAUUGCUUGAACCACUGGAGGCUGAAAUUCAGCAGGGGGUGAAUCUGAAAGAGGAAGACUUCAAUAAAGAUAUGAGUGAAGACAAUGAGGGUACUGUAAAAGAAUUGUUGCAAAGAGGAGACAACUUACAACAAAGAAUCACAGAUGAGAGAAAGCGAGAGGAAAUAAAGAUAAAACAGCAGCUGUUACAGACAAAACAUAAUGCUCUCAAGGAUUUGAGGUCUCAAAGAAGAAAAAAGGCUCUAGAAAUUUCACACCAGUGGUAUCAGUACAAGAGGCAGGCUGAUGAUCUCCUGAAAUGCUUGGAUGACAUUGAAAAAAAAUUAGCCAGCCUACCUGAACCCAGAGAUGAAAGGAAAAUAAAGGAAAUUGAUCGUGAGUUGCAGAAGAAGAAAGAGGAGCUGAAUGCAGUGCGUAGGCAAGCUGAGGGCUUGUCUGAGGAUGGGGCAGCAAUGGCAGUGGAGCCAACUCAGAUCCAGCUCAGCAAGCGCUGGAGGGAAAUUGAGAGCAAAUUUGCUCAGUUUCGAAGACUCAACUUUGCACAAAUUCACACUGUCCAUGAAGAAUCAGUGAUGGUGAUGACUGAAGAAAUGCCUUUGGAAAUUUCUUAUGUGCCUUCUACUUAUCUGACUGAGAUUACUCAUGUCUCACAAGACCUAUCAGAAGUGGAACAACUUCUCAAUGCUCCUGACCUCUGUGCUAAAGAUUUUGAAGAUCUCUUCAAACAAGAGGAGUCUCUGAAGAAUAUAAAAGACAGCCUGCAACAAAUCUCAGGUCGGAUUGACGUUAUUCACAAUAAGAAGGCAGCAGCAUUGCAAAGUGCCACACCGGUGGAAAAGGCGAGGCUACAGGAAGCUCUCUCACGGCUCGAUUUCCAAUGGGAAAGAGUUAACAGAAUGUGCAAGGACCGACAAGGGCAAUUUGACAGAUCUGUUGAAAAAUGGCGGCGGUUUCAUUAUGAUAUGAAGAUAUUUAAUCAAUGGCUAACAGAAGCUGAACACUUUCUCAAAAAGACACAAGUUCCUGAGAGUUGGAAACAUGCCAAAUACAAAUGGUAUCUUAAGGAACUCCAGGAUGGCAUCGGGCAGCGGCAAACUGUUGUCAGAAUAUUGAAUGCAAAUGGGGAAGAAAUAAUUCAGCAGUCCUCAAAAACAGAUGCCAGUAUUCUACAAGAAAAAUUGGGAAGCCUGAAUCUGCGGUGGCAGGAGGUCUGCAAACAGCUGGCCGAAAGAAAAAAGAGGCUAGAAGAACAAAAGGAUAUCUUGUCAGAAUUUCAAAGAGAUUUAAAUGAAUUUGUUUUAUGGUUGGAAGAAGCAAAUAACAUUACUAGUAUUCCACUUGAACCUGGAAAUGAGCAGCAACUAAAAGAAAAACUUGAGGAAGUCAAGUUACUGGCAGAAGAGUUGCCCCUGCGCCAGGGAAUUCUAAAACAAUUAAAUGAAACUGGAGGAACAGUGCUUGUAAGUGCUCCCAUAAGCCCAGAAGAGCAAGAUAAACUUGAAAAUAAGCUCAAGCAGACAAGUCUUCAGUGGAUAAAGGUUUCUAGAGUUUUACCUGAGAAACAAGGAGAAAUUGAGGCUCACAUAAAAGACCUUGGACAGCUUGAAGAGCAAUUAAAUCAUCUGCUUCUGUGGCUGUCUCCUAUUAGGAAUCAGUUGGAAAUUUACAACCAACCAAAUCAAACAGGACCAUUUGACAUUAAGGAAACUGAAGUAGCAGUUCAAGCUAAACAGCCGGAUGUGGAAGGGAUUUUGUCUAAAGGGCAGCAUUUGUACAAGGAAAAACCAGCCACUCAGCCCGUGAAGAGGAAGUUAGAAGACCUGAGCUCAGAGUGGAAGGCGGUAACCCAUUUACUUCAAGAGCUGAGGACAAAGUGGCCUGGCCCUACCCCUGGACUCGCCACUGCUGGAGCUUCUCCUAGUCAGACUGUUACUCUGGUGACACAACCUGUGGUUACCAAGGAAACUGCCGUCUCCAAACUAGAAAUGCCAUCUUCCUUGCUGUUGGAGGUACCUGCUCUGGCAGAUUUCAACCGGGUUUGGACAGAACUUACCGACUGGCUAUCUCUGCUUGAUCGUGUUAUAAAAUCACAGAGGGUGAUGGUGGGUGAUCUUGAAGACAUCAACGAGAUGAUCGUCAAGCAGAAGGCAACACUGCACGAUUUGGAACAGAGGCGCCCCCAGUUGGAAGAACUCAUUACUGCUGCCCAGAAUUUGAAAAACAAGACCAGCAAUCAAGAGGCUAGGACAAUCAUUACUGAUCGAAUUGAAAGAAUUCAGAGUCAGUGGGAUGAAGUACAGGAACACCUUCAGAACCGGAGGCAACAGUUGAAUGAAAUGUUAAAAGAUUCAACACAAUGGCUGGAAGCUAAGGAAGAAGCUCAGCAGGUCUUGGGGCAGGCCAGAGCCAAGCUUGAGUCAUGGAAGGAGGGUCCCUACACAAUGGAUGCAAUCCAAAGGAAAAUCACAGAAACCAAGCAGUUGGCCAAAGACCUCCGCCAGUGGCAGAUAAAUGUAGAUGUGGCAAAUGACUUGGCACUGAAACUUCUUCGGGAUUAUUCUGCAGAUGAUACCAGAAAAGUACACAUGAUAACAGAGAACAUCAAUGCCUCUUGGGCAAGCAUUCAUAAAAGAGUGAGUGAGCGAGAGACUGCUUUGGAAGAAACUCAUAGAUUACUGCAACAGUUUCCGCUGGACCUGGAGAAGUUUCUUGCCUGGCUUACGGAAGCCGAAACAACUGCCAACGUCCUGCAGGAUGCCACCCAUAAGGAAAGGCUCCUAGAAGACUCCAAGGGAGUAAGAGAGCUGAUGAAACAAUGGCAAGACCUCCAAGGAGAAAUCGAAGCUCACACAGAUAUCUAUCACAACCUGGAUGAAAACGGCCAAAAAAUCCUGAGAUCCCUGGAAGGUUCUGAUGAUGCGGUUCUGUUACAAAGACGUUUGGAUAACAUGAACUUCAAGUGGAGCGAGCUGAGGAAAAAGUCUCUCAACAUUAGGUCCCAUUUGGAAGCCAGUUCUGACCAGUGGAAGCGUCUGCACCUUUCUCUUCAGGAACUUCUGGUGUGGCUACAGCUGAAAGAUGAUGAGUUAAGCCGGCAGGCACCUAUUGGAGGCGAUUUCCCAGCAGUUCAGAAGCAGAGUGAUGUACACAGGGCCUUCAGGAGGGAAUUGAAAACGAAAGAACCUGUAAUCAUGAGUACUCUUGAGACUGUACGAAUAUUUCUGACAGAGCAGCCUUUGGAAGGACUAGAGAAACUCUACCAGGAGCCCAGAGAGCUGCCUCCUGAGGAGAAAGCCCAGAAUGUCACACGGCUCCUACGAAAGCAGGCUGAGGAGGUCAACACUGAGUGGGAAAAAUUGAACCUGCACUCAGCUGACUGGCAGAGAAAAAUAGAUGAGGCCCUCGAGAGACUUCAGGAACUUCAGGAGGCCACGGAUGAGCUGGACCUCAAACUGCGCCAAGCUGAAGUGAUCAAGGGAUCGUGGCAGCCCGUGGGCGAUCUCCUCAUUGACUCCCUCCAAGAUCACCUCGAGAAAGUCAAGGCACUUCGAGGAGAAAUUGCACCUCUCAAAGAGAAUGUAAGCCACGUCAAUGACCUUGCUCGCCAGCUCACCACGUUGGGCAUUCAGCUGUCACCAUAUAACCUCAGCACUCUGGAAGACCUGAACACCAGAUGGAAGCUUCUGCAGGUGGCUGUUGAGGACCGCAUCAGGCAGCUGCACGAAGCCCACAGGGACUUCGGCCCAGCAUCCCAGCACUUCCUUUCCACUUCUGUCCAGGGUCCCUGGGAGAGAGCCAUCUCACCAAACAAAGUGCCCUACUAUAUCAACCACGAGACCCAAACAACUUGCUGGGACCAUCCCAAAAUGACAGAGCUCUACCAGUCUUUAGCUGACCUGAAUAAUGUCAGGUUCUCGGCUUAUAGGACUGCCAUGAAACUCCGAAGACUGCAGAAGGCCCUUUGCUUGGAUCUCUUGAGCCUGUCAGCUGCAUGCGAUGCCCUGGACCAGCACAACCUCAAGCAAAAUGACCAGCCCAUGGACAUCCUGCAGAUCAUUAAUUGUUUGACCACCAUUUACGAUCGCCUGGAGCAAGAGCACAACAGUCUGGUCAACGUCCCUCUCUGCGUGGACAUGUGUCUCAAUUGGCUGCUGAAUGUUUAUGACACGGGACGAACAGGGAGGAUCCGGGUCCUGUCUUUUAAAACUGGCAUCAUUUCUCUGUGUAAAGCACAUUUGGAAGACAAGUACAGAUACCUUUUCAAGCAAGUGGCCAGUUCAACGGGAUUUUGUGACCAGCGCAGACUGGGCCUCCUUCUGCAUGAUUCUAUCCAAAUCCCAAGACAGUUGGGUGAAGUCGCAUCCUUUGGGGGCAGUAACAUUGAGCCGAGUGUCAGGAGCUGCUUCCAAUUUGCUAAUAAUAAGCCUGAGAUUGAAGCGGCCCUCUUCCUAGACUGGAUGAGACUGGAACCCCAGUCCAUGGUAUGGCUGCCCGUCCUGCAUAGAGUGGCUGCUGCGGAGACUGCCAAGCAUCAGGCCAAGUGUAACAUCUGCAAGGAGUGUCCAAUCAUCGGCUUCAGGUACAGGAGUCUAAAGCACUUUAAUUAUGACAUCUGCCAAAGUUGCUUUUUUUCUGGUCGUGUUGCAAAAGGCCACAAAAUGCACUAUCCCAUGGUGGAAUAUUGCACUCCGACUACAUCGGGAGAAGAUGUUCGAGACUUUGCCAAGGUACUGAAAAACAAAUUUCGAACCAAAAGGUAUUUUGCGAAGCAUCCCCGAAUGGGCUACCUGCCAGUGCAGACGGUCUUAGAGGGGGACAACAUGGAAACUCCUGUUGCUCUGAUCAACUUCUGGCCACUAGAUUCUGCGCCUGCCUCGUCCCCUCAGCUUUCACACGAUGAUACUCAUUCACGCAUUGAACAUUAUGCUAGCAGGCUAGCAGAAAUGGAAAACAGCAAUGGAUCUUAUCUAAAUGAUAGCAUCUCUCCUAAUGAGAGCAUAGAUGAUGAACAUUUGUUAAUCCAGCAUUACUGCCAAAGUUUGAACCAGGACUCCCCCCUGAGCCAGCCUCGUAGUCCUGCCCAGAUCUUGAUUUCCUUAGAGAGUGAGGAAAGAGGGGAGCUAGAGAGAAUCCUAGCAGAUCUUGAGGAAGAAAACAGGAAUCUGCAAGCAGAAUAUGAUCGUCUCAAGCAGCAGCAUGAACAUAAAGGCCUAUCCCCACUGCCGUCCCCUCCUGAAAUGAUGCCCACCUCUCCCCAGAGUCCCCGGGAUGCUGAGCUCAUUGCUGAGGCCAAGCUACUGCGUCAACACAAAGGCCGCCUGGAAGCCAGGAUGCAAAUCCUGGAAGACCACAAUAAACAGCUGGAGUCCCAGUUACAUAGGCUAAGGCAGCUGCUGGAGCAACCCCAGGCAGAGGCCAAGGUGAAUGGUACAACGGUGUCCUCUCCGUCUACGUCUCUCCAGAGGUCAGACAGCAGCCAGCCUAUGCUGCCCCGGAUGGUUGGCAGUCAAACUUCAGAAUCCAUGGGUGAGGAAGAUCUUCUCAGUCCUCCCCAGGACACAAGCACAGGGUUAGAAGAAGUGAUGGAGCAACUCAACAACUCCUUCCCUAGUUCGAGAGGAAGAAAUACCCCUGGGAAGCCAAUGAGAGAGGACACAAUGUAGGAAGCCUUUUCCACUUGGCAGAUGAUUUGGGCAGAGCGAUGGAGUCCUUAGUUUCAGUCAUGACAGAUGAAGAAGGGGCAGAAU